GCACUCAGCUUUUACUUUAAUUCGUGAUAUAUAUAUUUUUUUUUUUUCGAACGCAGUCCAAAAUUGCAUUUUUUCUUUCUUACUCCUCCUCUAUAAAACAGGGUAGGGUCUUCACGAGUCCAAAAUAUGGUACUCGAGUACUCGACACUUACACUAGAUGAUGAUGAGAUUAAGGAAUAAAGUAAAAUAGCAUUAUGCAUCUUAAUUCCACUUAACAUGGAUGCCAAGUCAUGCUAUUGUAUUGUAUUUACAAACAGGUUGAUAUGUUCAGUGUUGUGAAGGACGGACGGACAGUUUGAAAAUAGAAACUAGAACAUGAUCAUAUACUUAUUGUGCAACUUAUAUUGUUGAUUAUCUGCUGCUGAAAUUAGAGUCCAUUGUAUUAUAGUUGAUCAUUGUAUUCGACCUUGUACAGGUACUCGAGAUCUCGUGGAGACCCUAAAACAGGGUGUAAAACAUAAAGUUUUGUAAAAGUAUCUGACUAAAACAUAUUUCAUUAUUCACAAACUACGAUUUCCCCAUAAUGUAUUACAACUUAUUCCAUACGUGAUAUGGUCAUAAUAGAGAGAUUCGGCACGGCCCAACGUGAACGUCUCCGUGUGCGUUUCGGCGAAUUCUUCGUACUACGUCAUCAGUUUAUGUGACGUAUGUUCCCAUGCCAUACGUACGAGGACACGUCAUUACGUAUAAAACGCCAUUUAUACGUAGAGGCUAAAACGUAUGUAUACAAAUGUAUUUUUUCUACCAUAAAGCUAUUUAUUUACAUAAUUAAUGUUAAUUGAUAAUUAGUUAAAUAUGUUACUCAUAUGUAUAUUGUGGUUGUAUUUGUGUGGAACUUAAUAUGAGGGUUUUGUGCUACUUAUAACAUAUGUAGGCCUAUAGGAGAAACAUUUCAUUUCAUUUUUCUAAAAAAAAAUCAUUGUGUACUCUUACCAAGACGGGAAAGCACCUUUAGUCCUUGUUUUUUUUCUUUUUUCUGCUUUCUAUAAAAAACAAAAUCAUAUGAGUUUGGACUCAAACCUGGAGUGGGGAUGACAAAAUAAUCCACAUCAGGAACGUAGAAUGCAGCAGGCCCGUAGACGGGGAAGGGGGUGUAGGCCUCUUGGCCUCUUUGGGAAAGGAUCGACUCCCUUAGAAUCUGCUGGUCCUUAGCUAUUCGCACAUUGUUUGUCCCUUAAAUAAGUAUGCCAGGCAUUAAAAAUGUAAUCCCCCACCCUUCACUAUCAACUGGUACCAGCUACAUAUAUCAUAUGGACCGGAUAUGAAGUUUUUGUGAAACGUUUUAUUUAUCUAAUUGUAGUGAAACAAAUUAAUGUAAUGGGUUUCAUGGAAAUUGCCUUUGAGAUAUAAAUUUAACAAACCAAAACGUUUCCAUGAUACCCGACCUUAUUUGGAAUUUAUUUUUAAAGGCCUGCCCUAAUUUUUCAUUUAAUAAUUACAAUAAUAAUAAUAAUAAUAAUAAUAAUAAUAAUAAUAAUAAAAAAAGCAAGACAACCUACCCUACCUAUUAACUGUUUUUUUGCGCUUUUCUGGAAACGCACAUUUAUGAAGGCCUUAUCACAAUAAACUGAAUUAAUAUUUAUAAAUAAUUUGCUUCUUUCAGGUCAAUAUGGACAACAAAAAAAAUCAGUUGUUUCCACGCGUACAAUUGACAUUAUGCUUCUUAGAGAAGUGAAUGUGAAUGUUCCGUUCAGUGACCCUGUGAAAUGGAAUGCUGUUGCUAAAGCAUUGAAUGCUGCAUUAAAUCCAGAAAAAGCAAUCACGUCCAGGACAGUGCGAGAAAGAACACAAAGGCUAAUGGACAAACACAGAGCGGAUAAACUGCAAUCUGUUAAAAAGUCUGGUACUAAUGAGGAAUACGGAGAGCGGGAACUCCUUCUGACUGAGAUAUUGCAGCUGGAAAAAGAAGCUGAGAUAAAGAUACAUGAGAACAAGAUAAAGAAUAAAGAUGAUGUGAAGACCUUAUCCAAAACCAAGGAGGAUACUAAAGGAGGCAAGUUCAUAAGGAAACGAGCAAUGGAAAGUUUGACACAAAUCAGUGAUGAUUCUGAUGGUGAUAACGGUGGUGAACUAAAACAGCCCAAGAAGGAAAGAAAACGUAAAGAGGACCCGUUUCUAGAAAUGAUGCGCGCAAAGCUGGAUUUGGAGGCAAAACGUGAAGAGAGAUUGGAGCGCAAGCUGCAGGAAAGGGCCAAAGAGAGGCAAGAGAGAAAUGAAUUGAUGAAGAUGUUAAUGGAAUACAAACGCUGAUGGUCAAAUAUCAAAAUGCGGGUUUUAAUCAAGUUAAUUUCAAAUCAUCAAUGAAAUUGUUCCGAAUUAGAGACAAAUAUAAAUAAAUAAAUAAACACAUAA